UUCAACAGUUAAUUUAUCAUAUUUUGCAUAAGCAACUAUAAAUUAAAACGACAUCCUGUUCUAAUUUAUAAUAUAUAAACGACACGAUUGGUAACUUGACAAAGGCCUUAUCUUUUCUCCAAACCUCUCACUCGUUUAAGCUCAAAAAACCAAUGGCUUCCACACUUCUUGUUCCUCAACUUCUCUCUUCGCCUACGUAUCUCAAAAGAACCUAUACCUUCAACACUCGUCGAACAGUGAAGUGCUCUUCAAACCCAGAACCAAAAGAUCAGUUCCUCGAGCUCACACCUUCACCCGACUCAAUCAACACCACGAGCGCCGAGAAGUUCCCCAUCGAGAAACGUCGAAGAUCCGAGAUACGCGACAGGAAACAAAGAGGGAUCGAGAAGCCAGAGCCACCGAACUUCGAGAUUGGCUGGAAGAGAACGAAAGAGAUAAACUUGGAGAAACCAAAAGGGUACGUGAUAAUGGACUUCUUGGAGAAGUUCGAAGGGUUGAUGGCGAGAGAGUUCGGUUCCAAGGAGCUUUUGGCUAAAGCUGGUGAGAUAGUCGCGGAGAGAGCUAGAGAAGAAGCUGAGGUUCUGAGAGACGAAGGUGAGGUUGAAGAGAGGAUGGUGACUGAGCUUUUUAGGGUUUUGAAGCUGAUGGAGAUGGAUUUGGCUAUGGUUAAAGCUUCGGUUAAGGAAGAGACUCUUAGUGAGAGGAUUGAACAAGCUAGAGCUAGAUGUAGACAAGCUAUUCUUGUUGCUAAUUCUUUUUAAGACCUACCCAAUCUGUAAAAGAUCUUAACUUGUUUGGUUUUGUAAUAAUCACAAAGAUUCAUACUCUUUCUUGUUC